AUGGAAAACGCUGGCGCCGAUCGAUCUUUUGGAGCGACUGUCUUUGCGGCCCCGGCGGGCUCGGGCUCCGACCUUGCGGGCGGCGGCGGCGGCGGCGGCUUCGCAGGCCCUCACGCUUCGUUGUUGCUGCAAAACCCUACUCUCGGCACCCGCGGCAAUGCCCAAUCCCUCGAGGAUGUCUUUCGCGGCCUCCGGCUCUCGCCCCAGAAUCAGCAGUCUCCUCAUCCGGAAUUCGCUGGUGAUGUUCUUGACGCGUACCCACGUGCGUCCCCUGCUAAUGUUUCCGGUGUCGGUGUUUCUAGGACUGAUGGUUAUGAUGCGAGUCGUCAAAGCGCAGAUUCGAUCGGCUCGGGCCAGAAUGUAUUUAGGUUCAGCUAUGGUCCUUCUGUUAACGUCGAUUCUCUGAGCAAUCACUCUCCUGCAUUGAUCGGUGGUGGCUGGUUUCAGACCGAUCCCAAUGUGUUUGCCAUGGCUGGUUCGAGGGAGAGACUGUCUGUCGAGAAUCUCCGGUCUCUGCCCGCCUCGGGCCGAGCCGGUUCUUAUUCGAGAUUCUUGAGGCCGGACGUGAGUGACACUAGGCUUUUUGACCCACACUGGACGCCGGUUUCCUCAGCGGCGAUGAACAGCUUGCGCCAAAACAUACUGUUGUCUGCGAGGAAUGGUUUUCGCACGUUGCUCAGGACCAGGGAACCUUUCGACAAGGAGAAAGUAGAUAGGAUUUUCGUUCAGGUAAUCGACCGCGUCGGCGACUUUAUGGUUCAUCAGACUUGGAACCAUGUAAUCCAGAAUCUCGUGGAGAUCUGCGACGAUGUGCAGAGGACUAUGAUCCUAGAGAAGGUGACCCUUCAGGAGCCUUUACUAGUCCAGAUUUGUCUCGACUCGUAUGGAAUCCACGCCGUGAAGAAACUGCUGGACCACGUUACAACGCCGUAUCAGAUGAAGCUGGUCGUAGACGCUUUGUUGCCCGGCGUGGUCUCGCUGGCACUGGAGAGGAAUGGUGUGAUUGAGCAUUGCUUGCAGAACUUCCCUCAGGAGUAUACAGAGGCCUUUAUGGUGGAGCUGGCGAAUAAUUGCUACCACAUUGCAACCAAUCAAAACGGGUGUUGCACGCUGCAAGCUUGCAUUAACUAUUCCAACGGAGCGAGUCGCGAGCACCUCUUGGUCGAGCUAACAUCAUAUUCCCUGCAAUUAGCACAAGACGAAUACGGCAACUAUGUGGUGCAAAGUUUGCUCAGUUUGAUGAUGCCGGGUGUUACCAACAAGGUUUUAGAAGUGCUUCGAGGGAGUUUUCUCCCUUUGUCAACUAACAAGUAUGCUUCUCACGUGGUCGAGAAAUGUUUCAAUACCCUCGGAGAAGCGCAGUCUAGACAGAUUGCACUGGAGUUGACAAUGAGCCCGAGUUGUCCAAAACUUUUCACCGAUAAGUUCGGAAACUAUGUUACACAAAAGUUGCUGGAAGUAGCACAGCAGUUUUGGGGGCGUAUCUUCAGCUAUCUGGAGGCUCUGAUUCAAGAGCGUGAGACCCAGCUUGCAAAUAAUCCUUACGGUAAAAAUGUAUUGGCCAAGCUUAGGGAGUUGCAGAGGCGCAGGCGUGGUGUAUGA